UACCAAAAAAGAAAUAAAGCACACGAAUUUUCAAAUCUUUCUCCUCUCUUCUCGCUCGCUCUCUCUGUUCCUCGUUAGAUCCCUCUCUGUUUCCAAAUCUGAAGAUCUCUUCUAGUAUCGCAACAUGGGUGAGAACGCCAUCUCAGGUAAUCUCAAGAACCUAACGAUCGACACAAGAGAUUCAGAAACUCUUGUGGUGUGUUUCGGUGAGAUGUUGAUUGAUUUUGUUCCGACGGUGGGAGGUGUUUCACUGGCUGAAGCACCAGCUUUCAAGAAAGCUCCUGGAGGAGCUCCUGCGAAUGUGGCUGUUGGUGUCUCUAGACUUGGUGGCUCUUCUGCUUUCAUUGGAAAGGUUGGUGAUGAUGAGUUUGGACGAAUGUUAGCUGAUAUUCUAAGGCUGAACAAUGUCGACAACUCUGGGAUGAGAUUUGAUCACAAUGCACGGACAGCUCUCGCCUUUGUCACUUUAAGAGCUGAUGGAGAAAGGGAGUUUUUGUUCUUCAGGCACCCGAGUGCUGAUAUGCUUCUCUCGGAAUCUGAGCUUGACAAGAACCUCAUCCAAAAGGCCAAGAUCUUUCAUUACGGUUCUAUCAGUUUGAUUGAGGAACCUUGCCGUUCGACUCAGCUUGCAGCUAUGAAAAUUGCCAAAGCCUCAGGGAGCCUCUUGUCUUAUGACCCGAACUUGAGAUUGCCAUUGUGGCCAUCAGAAGAUGCUGCAAGGAAAGAGAUCAUGAGUAUCUGGAAUUUAGCAGAUGUUAUAAAGAUUAGUGAGGACGAGAUCACAUUCCUGACUGGUGGAGAUGAUCCUUAUGAUGAUAAUGUGGUGUUGCAAAAGCUCUUUCAUCCGGAUCUUAAGCUUCUGGUUGUUUCAGAAGGACCUAAUGGUUGCAGAUACUACACUCAGGAGUUUAAAGGAAGAGUUGGUGGAGUAAAAGUGAAGCCUGUUGAUACAACCGGUGCAGGAGAUGCAUUUGUGAGCGGUCUAUUGAACAGCUUAGCUUCUGAUCUCACUCUUCUCAAGGAUGAGAAGAAACUAAGAGAGGCGCUUCUAUUCGCAAAUGCUUGUGGAGCCAUUACAGUAACAGAGAGAGGAGCUAUUCCGGCUAUGCCGAGCAUGGAUGCUGUUCAAGACCUUCUCACUUCUUCUGCUUCUCAUCGUUCUUGAAAUGCUUCAGAGUCUCUCUUAAGUGUAUCACUUCAUUACCUUUUACUGUAUUUUUGUGUUUUUUCCUUUUUUGGUUUAAAUCUUUUUCCCCAGUUUGUAGGAACUCGAAAAUGUUGUGUGUGUCUGUGUGUUUUAGUUUGUUGAUCUCCCGGAGUUUUAGUAUUGGGGUGGUUUGGAGUUAGGAGGUUCUAUAAGACUAUAUAACUACAAGGAACAAAUAUUUCUCAUUUUGUAAACUGCUUGCCGUUUUCUUGUAAA